UUUCUUGAUUGGUUUCUGUUACGCAUUCCUCCGCAUCUGCAUCGCUUUUUGAGAAAAGUACCGUUGUCUAAAAUGAGUACUAUUAUCGACAGCCUGUUUGAAGAAACCAACGAGUUUUUUCUCGACUGGCAAAAGUGGCAAAAUGAAGUGAUUGCUGCCCUUGAACUGGUAAGCAUUGCUUCCUUCGCAAGGGCGGACCUGGAUAAUGGCGACUUUUGGUGCGAUUCCCCCGUCCGGAUGCGUGAUUGGAAACUGUUCACGGAAGCAGCGGCUCGCUUGUCGAUGGCAGGGUUGGCUUCACCCGAUGUCAUCAGGACUCACGAAAGAUAUAUGCAAGUGAUCUCAUCCAUUGAAGCGAGUCCAGCUCUUACAAAUUUACUGGAUCGCGUGGAAGACAUAUCUCAACUCUGGCUGGGUUUGAGAAUCACCAAACGGAUCCUGCUCUUUGAUCCCGAGUCGGAGAUUAAACUGCCGGAAUUGCAGGUUUCUGAGAGGCUGUUUGGCAACUUGACGGAGUUGGUCAUCACCUCAGUCAUCCGACCAAGAGUCUCUAGUGGAAAUCAAGCGAGAAGGAUUGUCCGCCAGGCGGAUUUAUACGCCUUGCUCAAGAGCACGUCAGCUUGUAGGUCUCCGGAAGAACUUGGCCAAAUCCUUGGAGAAUGCCCCACCACUCAUUCCAUCGUGCUGCUUGAAGAGAAUGUCACCGGAGCAGGUAUCAAUGGGCAUUGUUCCAGUUGCGCUCAUCCACUGACUACAGAAGAAGACGAGAUCCAGGCCUUCCAUUUAAUGGCGCCAAGUGCCGAAACAAUCGAAUCCCUCUUCCAGGAUCAUCAGAAAUUCAUGUUCUUCUUCGAACGUGUGGCCGAACUCUUUAUUCAGCAGCACAAGAACAAUCCGCGCAAUAUCCGAGACUUUUUGCAGCGCAUUCUAAGCUCCGAUUUCCGUAUCCGCGUCUCUUGGCGAUUUCUGACCGUCAUCGUACGGACAAUCUUGUCGACUCGAUCCGGCGUUAGAAUCAUCGACGAGCUCCUGUUGUCAACCCGCUGCAAUCGGCUGACUCGCCAACUCAACGUCAACGCUCACAGUUUAUUGCUUGCGUUACUCGCUUGCGCCGACCAGGAUGUUGAAAAUGACCCGGAAGAGGAGGAAACAGCCCAAGAUGUGCUUCAAGCCGCCAUGACGGGCAACUGGACGGUUGGACGGAUUCGACAACUAGCCCUCAUCCGACAGCAACUCUCCAGGAAUGAUAGUGGAGUAGAGAAUGUCAUCGAAGAAUGGGCUCGUUGGCGGAAAAGUCAGUCAGAUCAAAUCGUAUCAGACUCUCUGCUCUUCUUCAUCCUGCGCUUCUCCUCCGCCGAGGGAGAUGACACUCGGCUGUGCAACAUGUUUCGCAAUCAGAGAAUAGUUGAACAUCUUAACCGUCACAAAAUUAUUAAAGACUACGUCAAUUCCUUAUCACCGCUGUCGCUGGGUUUCCCCCUGGAAUCUGCGACCGUUACAGUCAACCCUUUUCAAGAGCGCCUUUUGAAUGGUGAGAUCUUUGGUAAUGGAGCCUUCGAACAUUAUCGUUUGCUGCUGGACCUCCAACCCGACUGGGCUCCCUUCGUCGCUCGAUUGGCUUAUCACGCGUUUGACAUCUUUGAAGCCAAAAGAAUCAACUUCCUGAGAGUAAUGACUACCAAUCUGGUCGCUUCGGCCGAAUUUCUUUUACCCGGAAUCGACAAUCAUCCCUACCUGCACAGUUUUAAUUUGGAACCAACUCACUGGUAUUUUUGCAGCUGCGGUGCCUUAAACUGCAUUGGCGACUGUGGGCAGCCAAUGGCGGUGUCUGUCUGCCCUAAUUGCGGCACAGCACUUGGCCAUAAUCAUAUACUCCGUCCAGGCGUCCGUCACGCUACGCCCCAAGACUUUGUUCCGCCCAGAGGCAUGCACGUAACCCGAACGCCCUCUAGGACACCAACUUUUGCUGUGAGAAACUGUUCUCCAGCCGUUACCCGAUUUGCACAUUUGCUCAAUGCACUCGCCUUGAUGGUUGCAGCCUUGAAUCCACGGACCGGUCCCGCUCAAAUCGCCACUGUGCUGCUCACGUUGCCAUUGGCGGAACGCCAGCCGGUUGAGGAUCGUCGUUCGCUCCUUCGACUGCUUUCGAAUCACAUCAUCAUCCAUCUGGAUCUCCUUUGUCAGUUGCUGGUGACCACUAGACCGCAGCUCAAUAUGACGGACAAAUUCCGAAUCGGACAUUUGUUGCUGCAUAAAUUGUUUGCUUCGACAAAUCCCUCAUUUGUUGCCAACGCGGCCAAUUUCACGAACGGAACACAGGCCAGAGAAGCAUUUGAAAAUGGAUUAGCUGAACUGCUGGCCCAGCAGGUCAAUCUGGCGGAAGAGCUCGACCACAUCGCCGGACAAGCUAACGAAGCAUCGAAGGCGUUCCGCCAAUCUUUAUUGCACAAUGAAACGUCGCACUGGGCCUACGCUAGAAGGAUCUUUGCCGAUCGACAAUCCGUUCAACUAGAACUCGCCAGAAAUGGACAAUUGCGCCGGAGUUUCCCGUUCCUGGAUUUAUUGCUGGAUGACGAAAAUGGAAUGCGGAAGCUGAACGCUUUGCAAUACCUUGGCGAAGCUAUGCGUUUCAUCGCCCUUGUUCGCACUGUUUUACUUGGAGAAAUAACUCUAGAAGAAGCCAAUCGUAUGUCCAUCUCCCAGGGAUUGGAAAAGAUCACGGAAAUCGUUUUGCAGAAAACGAUCCUUCUGGAUCGAGGACGUCCGGUUGCCUCCCGAGACCACGUGAUGCAUCUCUUUGACGGUUUCAAGCAACUGUGGGAUCGAUUCAGUCAGUUGGAGAACGUGGAGAAGAAAACUUUCUUGGAUUACUUCGAAUGCCAACAAGUCGAUGUCAACAUCCGGCCCAAAACCGUGCUGGAUCCGACAGCUCCUCUUAUCCUCAUUUUGGCCGGCAGUGAACUGCCUGAGAGUACUUUCAGUUGCCAAUUAUUGAGUCACGCUGUGGAAGCCGCAUCUUCUAUCGCUCUCACCAGCUUCAUCCAGCCUCUUUGCCGGACAGGCUCGGGUCGCGUCCGGCUCUCUUGCAGCAGUACAGCAGCUUUGGCCGACUUUGACGAGUCUUUGUACGCUCACGUUUCCACUGAAGAAGUCGAUCGCUUUAUCCGCGAUCACGUCAUCGAUCACACCACUCUGCCACUAGCAGAAUCCUUUGCCAUGACUGCCGUUUUAGGAUCGGCCGGCAGCACUAUUGCAGAAGACCUUUCUUUUGAAACGAUCCCCGAAUUUAUUUUCAAAGAAGACGUGGAAUCGGGAAAUUUUCAGGCGAUCCUCGAGAGACGUUCUCUACCUUGGCAGCCGUCUUCCAUUCCUCCACAAUUGCAGGAACUCAUCCUGGCGGAUUUGGAGAAGAAUCGAAGCUUAGCUGAGGCUAGAUCGAUCCUGAUUUCGGCAAUCACACAUCUCCAUUCUAAUACUGAGCCUCUUAUCAUUAGCAAGGUGCGAAAGUAUUACAUAUCGGACGUCCUGGACGAACUAUUGCGGGCAGAAGUCCUGACUGAGCGUCACAUGUCGAACGCCACGCUGGGCGUUCUCAAUCGUCAUUUGAGACUGGAAGUUCGUCACGUGUUUGGUUUGCUCAAAGCCAUCGUGUCUAGAAUGAAGGGUGACGAUAUUUUUGGCGGCCGAAUCCCAGAGGGCUGGACAACGAUGAUGCCCGAACACUUGGCUCAGCUGUCGAGCCAAAAGUUGCGUGCUGAUACGCAAUCAGGUGAUGGAGUUCUGGAGACUUUGUUGCAAAUAGUCAACAUUGUUUCUGCCUCCCAGCCCGUUCCUGUUGAUCUUUCGCCCGACAACUCUCUGCUGUACGCCAUCCGACAAAUCGAAGGCCCUGAAUGGGACGGAAUUCCCGCUGAGCUAAAGAUGGAACAUCUUGGUCAUGUGCUGCUGAUUGCAGAGUCCCUUGACAACAAAUAGUUCCUCUUCUUCAUUAUUGCACUCCCUGUUUUAACUUUCUUCUCGUUUGUUUUUUGUUUUUUAAAAUCCAGAAUUAUUAUCCAUUAAUCAAUCGCAAGUCCGUGUUUCAAGUCAUGACCUUUUAAGUUGUUGUAGCAAUGCUUAAUACUUAAAGCGUUUUAUGGUCAUCCGUCUUAAUGUAAUCUGUUUUAAAAUCAAUAUAACCUGGUUUUUUAUGUUUCUGA